UGUAGCAACAUCGCUUGCAUCAGGCAGUCGAUACAGCGCGCGGGAAGGAACGCGCGGCCGUCAGAAUCGCUCAGUAAAUAUAUUUUACGUAUAAAAAAGACAUUUGUGUUCAGUGAAAAAUGCCUAAUAUUAUAAACGAAGUUAAAUUAGACUUCAAAGAUGUGUUAUUGCGACCAAAACGCAGUACUCUGCGCAGCAGAAAUGACGUGGAUUUGUACAGAGAGAUCACAUUCCGCAAUUCGGGACAGACCUACAAGGGUGUCCCAGUCAUGGCAAGCAACAUGGACACCGUAGGCACCUUUGAAAUGGCUAGAGAACUAUCCAAGCACGGUCUGUUCACGUGUAUUCACAAAUACUACACCAUUGAUGAGUGGAAGAAAUUCGCAACAGAACAUCCACAAUGCUUAGAACAAAUGGCUGCCAGCUCAGGCACAGCAGAAGCCGACUUCGAGCGUCUCACAGAGAUCUUGAACACGGUGAAAGAUCUGAAGUUCAUAUGUCUGGACGUAGCCAAUGGGUACUCGCAGCAUUUUGUCGAGUACGUCCGCAAAGUUAGGGCUGCCUUCCCUACUCAUACUAUUAUUGCUGGCAAUGUAGUGACCGGUGAGAUGGUGGAAGAACUCAUUCUAUCUGGUGCUGAUAUUAUCAAGGUGGGCAUCGGCCCCGGUUCAGUGUGUACGACUCGCAUUAAGACAGGUGUGGGUUACCCGCAGCUGUCGGCUGUCAUCGAAUGCGCAGACGCAGCGCACGGCCUUAAGGGACAUAUUAUAUCGGACGGCGGUUGCACCUGUCCUGGUGACGUGGCCAAGGCAUUCGGUGCUGGUGCAGACUUUGUAAUGGCGGGUGGUAUGUUCGCCGGACACGACCAGUGCGGCGGCGACGUGGUCACCCAUCCUGAUGGCAGGAAGGUUAAGCUGUUCUACGGCAUGUCCUCGUCUACCGCCAUGCAGAAGCAUUCGGGGGGCAUUGCGGAGUAUCGGUCUUCGGAAGGUAAAACAGUAGAGGUAGAAUACAGAGGCGACGUAGGUGCAACAGUGAAAGAUAUCCUAGGCGGCCUCCGAUCCGCCUGCACAUACGUAGGUGCCGCGCAUCUACGGGAACUGCCGCGAAGAGCCACCUUCAUCAGGUGCUGCAGGCAGGUCAAUGACACCUUCUCCUAAGUAUACGUAUAGGAUUGUACAUCAUCAGGAUAGUAUAUCACACUGGGAUAGCUAGUUCUGUCACGAUGGGAUAGUUGGUUAUAUCCCAGCGGGAUAGGUCGUUCUGUCACAGUGGGAUAGUUGGUUCUAACCCAGUGGGAUAGAUAGUUUUAUCCCAGUGUGAUAGUAACCUCUUGUAUAGGAUAGUUGGAAUUUCUGUGGGAUAGUAAGAUCUUUCUGCGAAAUGAGAUCUGACUAUGAUAGUUUUGAUGGUAUAGAUUUUGUAUGUGGAGUACAUGUGAUAGUGAUGUUGCGAAAUAACUAAGUUCUUGAUAUCACAAUUUUGAUGAUAGAAGGACAAUGUAUUCCAUGUUCAAUUGUUCUUAAAAUGUCUUUAUCCGCUUCAAAGACUUUAAAACCAUUCGUUUACUGUUUGUAGAGAUUUGUAUUUUAAACAGAGGAACUUAGUUACGUCACAACGCCACUGCGUCAUGAUUUUAUUACUUAAUAUUGAUGUUGAGACUUAAGAGAAAGUCGCUAUGAAAAAUCACGUCUUACUUAAUUUAGAAAAUUAUUGUCACUCAAACAUUGCACUACCAAAGAACAUUGACAAAUUAAUUAACUUUAAACUAGCUUAAGGCUUAUUUUCAUCUCGAGGCCUUGUCUUUUUAAUAUUGCUUUACUCGAAACACAAGCGUAGCCUUCAAUUGAUCAAUGUACUUUGGUCUGGUCAUAUACUUCAACAAAAAGCAGUUUUUCUCUACUUAAGAAUAUACUUAAGAAAUUAAAUAAUCACUUUGUUAAACUAGAAAUUUAAUCGAACAAGAAACUCAUGAACUAAAUGCGGAAAGGAUACUUUUCGUGCCUCAAAAAUGAGCUUAAAUAAAAUGUUCUCGUCUUUCUGCAAACUAUAUUUCCUUGUGGUUUAAAUUGGCCUCGUGAUCAGCAAGGCUGAUAUGAGAUAUUUAAACACUGUUUUUUAGAGUCAUUAUACACAUAGUUUCAUCUGAAUACUUGUUGCUCUCACCGAGGCAUACUUUGGCUUGAGGCAGUACUUUAUCUCGAGGCAGAACUUUACAUCGAGGCAGAACUUUGUCGAGGCGAGCACUUAAUGCUUAAGUCAGUUCAUACAUAAUUCUAAACUUAACAAUACAUAGCUUAAAUACACAAUCAAUUUUCUGGUGCUCUAAUAUUAAUCUCUUAGAUAGGAGACACGAUCAAAACGAAAUAAUCAGCUUUUGAAUAGAUGUAAUAGUUCAAUUUUAGAUAAAUUAUAUACUUACGCGAAUUUGUGAUUGUUGAAGAAUAUUACAGGAAUAAAUGUAUGGAAGGACGCAUUUUUUUGUUUAUUUACGUUAGUACGGUGCUAUUACUCAGGACUCAAACACUUAAGUUUUUCAUAAGUUUAUAAUCAUGAGCUUUUUGCAGCUUAGCAUCGUAAAUAUAAAAUAUUAAUUAAGUAAAUAUUUGAAUUAGUUUUUUCGAAUUUAACUUAUUUUCCUGUAUCACCUAAUGUUUUAUAUGUAGAAUGUAUUACUAAACUAUUUAUAAAGCUACAUGACGCACAUUUUUUAGCACAUCACACACCAUAACGGUAUAACAAUUCAUUUCUUGAAUUAAUGUGUAAAAUGAUAGUUACUACUGUAAUAUUGAUGUAAAUUAAUUAUUACAUAUUACUUAAAAAAAUAACUGUAAUAAAGGAAUGUAAAGAAUCUAUCAAGUUCACACCUCAACCAGAUACUUUAUAUUAUUACCUAUCUUGCCCCUAGGCCGCGGGCAAAGUCAACUAAAUCCUUAAUCGAAUGCAUCUUAUGUCUAUCACUUAUAUUAUAAGACAUUUCACCUGAUUCGAAAACAAACGACUUUAUAUCGAGGCACAAAGUGUACUUUCAGUCGAGGCAAUAAAAAUGUACUGACUGAAACCGAAAUCUUUUACCAAAGACAAUAAUAAAAAAAAAGUCUGUUAAAAUCCAUUUGUGAAAUGUAAUGCAAAAUAUCAACAUUUUAGUCCCAUUUUAAAUUAAUAUAUCUGAAAUAUUAGAAUUUUUUGUUUCAAUUUUCUUAUGCCUCAAUUGUUGACCUUAUCGUGGCUUUCAAAAAAUGAAAUUUUAAAAUAUAAAAUGUUAAAUCGAAUUUUAAAUAAUAAAAUAAUAAUGACUUUUAAACGUAUGAUGCUUUAAAUGUAAAAAUGUUUCUAUCUCGAGCACAUUUUAUGGUCUUGCACAAUUUAAUUCUGUAUUGCUUUAAGUUUAAGCCAUUUAGCAUUUUUGACUGCCUAAGCUGCUAAUAAUUGAAAUUGUCCUAUUUGUCCCUGUAAUUUAUAUAUUGUAUAACUUUUAUUGAAAAUUAAUUUGAGCAUUAUAUUUACCUAGGCAGUGAAGAAGUGGCAAGCCCUAAAUUAAAUAAAUUGUUCACAGAUAGCUGUGACAUUAUUUUCAAAGUUGCUAAUGGUCGGCUUUUUAAGCACCCUUAUUGGUAUUUUGUAUAUCUAUUCAUAUUUAAAGGAGUAUGGAUAAAAAUCCUUGAUAAUGGUCCACUACAUACUCGAUAACGGUGACCAGAAACCGACUAAUAGGACCUUCAAUUUAUUUCAGAAUCUGUUAACUAUUAAAUUAUACUGUUUGCACAAAAUACUGGUCUUUAUUCACCAUCUUGUUUUCUGGUAAUUUGAAAUUCAAAUUCUGGAACCAUAGUAAAUUUUCUAAAAGUAAUCGGACCUCUUUUGUGAAAAGCACAAAGCAAUGGCGACGAAUAAAAUGUUUUGAAGAGUGUUAUUUUUAUUUGUUAUUAUGUGUUAAAAGACGAAGAACCGUUGUUUCUAACGUUCUUAAAAUAUAGUUAAUGUACAUA